CUCUAUGUUUAUGUUGGCAACAACAAAGCUCUCUAUGGGGUAUUCUUUUUUAUUUUUGCUAUGAGCCUCUUGCUAAUUACCACAAACGCCUGAUGUUGAGGAAUAUACGAAGAUGGACCUGCCAAAGGGCCACAUGUUGUCGUCGGCAUUAAACGACUUGCCGUUUUUUCAUGGACGCUGAGAGGGAAUGAUCGUUUGUAAGUUGAAAUUGAACUCUUUCGACAGUAGGUUUAAUAUGGUGUUCUUUUGCCGCCUAGCAUGAGUUAUGAACAAGCUAAACCCUUCCUUCUUCAAUGCUCUGAAAACACCACCUCAGACUUCAACUCCGACCACCACCGCCACCAAAUCUUUCAACGCUAUCAUCAACCGUCUCUCCUCCCAAGGCUCUCACCAUGAAGUUCUUUACACAUACUCCUCUAUGCUCAAAACCAACACCGCUCCAGACUCUUACACCUUCCCUAGCUUGCUCAAAGCGUGCACCUCUCUGGACCUGUUCUCAUAUGGCCGCACAUUCCAUCAAUGCGCCAUUGUUAAUGGGUUUUCAUCUGAUUCUUACAUUGCGUCUUCUUUGGUCAAUUUCUAUGCUAAGUUUGGGUACAUCCGUAGUGCCCGCAAAGUAUUUGACAUGAUGCCUGAUAGAAACGUUGUCCCUUGGACUGCCAUUAUCGGAUGCUAUUCACGUGCAGGAGAUGUUGAUAUCUCUGCUUCAUUGUUAAGUGAAAUGCGAAAUCAAGGAAUUCAACCUAGUUCAGUUACCUUGUUAAGCUUGCUCCCUGGAAUUUCAGAGCUUGCUCACGUGCAGUGUUUGCAUGGUUGUACUAUUUCAUAUGGUUUCGAUUUUGAUAAUGCUUUGGUGAAUUCCAUAUUGAAUGGUUAUGGUAAGUGUGGAGGCAUUGAGGAUGCUAGGUGCUUGUUUGAAUUUAUGAAUCAAAGAAACAUAGUUUCAUGGAACUCUCUGAUGGCUGGUUAUUGCCAGACUGGGAAUGUUGGAGAAGCUUUCCAGCUUUUUCAUAGAAUGAAAGUCGAAGGUUUGGAGCCUGAUAAACAGACAUUUGGUUCUAUUGUCUCUGCAACAGCAACACAGAAUAAUCUUAAAUUGGGAAAGUUGGUGCAUGGGCAGAUUAUUAGAACAAUAUUUGAAUUGGAUGCCCAUCUUGAAACAUCACUCAUUGUUAUGUACUUGAAGCUUAAAAGUAUUAGUGUUGCAUUUCAGAUGUUUGAAAAGACCACGAAUAAGGAUGUAGUCUUAUGGACUGCAAUGAUCUCAGGGCUUGUGCAGAAUGAUUAUGCAGACAGGGCAGUGUUUAUCUUUCACCAGAUGUUAAAAUCAAGAACAAAGCCAACUACUGCUACCGUUGCUAGUGCUCUAGCCGCUUGUGCACAACUGGGUUCUUUUGAUCUGGGAACUUCAAUUCAUUGUUAUGUGCUAAGACAAGGAAUGGAUCUAGAUAUCACUGCCCAAAACUCUCUUAUUACCAUGUAUGCAAAGUGCGGUCAUUUGCAUCAAAGUCGGGUCAUUUUUCAAAGAAUGGACCAAAAGGAUUUGGUUUCUUGGAAUGCUAUAGUUGAUGGAUAUGCUCAAAACGGCUAUUUAUAUGAGGGCCUGACCCUCUUCUCAGAGAUGAAAACAACACUUCAGAGACCAGAUUCAUUAACUGUUGUUUCCCUGCUCCAAGCUUGCGCUUCUACCGGAGCACUCCAUCAGGGAAAGUGGAUCCACGGUUUUGUUAUUAGAAGUUGUCUUAGACCAUGCAUCUUGGUUGGCACAGCUCUGGUUGAUAUGUACUCUAAAUGUGGCGACAUAGAUACAGCUCAAAAGUGCUUUAAUGAAAUGCGAGAUUUGGAUCUGGUCUCAUGGGGCUCAAUCAUUUCUGGAUAUGGUUGGCAUGGCAAAGGGGAGACUGCUUUGAGGAUGUAUUCAAAGUUUCUAAGCUCUGGAAUGAAACCAAAUCAUGUCAUUUUCCUUUCUGUCCUCUCUGCUUGUAGUCACAAUGGGCUUGUAGACCAGGGCUUGAGUGUAUUCCAAUCUAUGACUGAAGAUUUUGGUAUUGCACCAAACCUUGAACAUCGUGCUUGCAUUGUGGAUCUCCUUAGUCGAGCUGGAAGGGUAGAGGAGGCAUAUAACUUCUAUAAAAGGAUGUUUCCAGAACCUGCAGUUGAUGUGUUAGGCAUACUUCUUGAUGGUUGUCGGACUAAUGGUAAUAAGGAACUUGGUGACAUUAUUGCUAGAGAUCUUCUCAUGUUGAAACCUGCAGGUGCAGGAAACUAUGUACAAUUGGCACACAGCUAUGCUUCAAUGAAUAGGUGGGAUGGCGUUGGUGAGGCAUGGACUCAAAUGAGGUCUCUUGGCUUAAAAAAACUCCCUGGCUGGAGUUUUAUUGAAUUACAUGGGAACAUCACGACAUUUUUUACAGGCCAUAAUUCACAUCCUCAAUUUGAUGAUAUAAUAUCAACAUUGAGAACCUUAACUGGGAAAAUGAGGAAACUGAGCCUUAACUUUAUAACUGGAUAGAUGCAUGAUGUACUCUGGUAUGCCCUUUUGUGGCCUACAUUGGAUGGAAAGCAAAAUUUCUAACACUGCAUUAGAAAGGCAAUGAAAAAACAACUUCUAUUUUUACGUUUUCCAUGUGUUUGGAAUGCAUCUUUCUAAUGCUUGGAAUGAGAAACUUCAGUUAUGCAACAAUGAAUAAGGAUGGAAGAUUCAGUUGCUUUCAGAUAAGAAUGGAAUGAAUUUAGUUGGUACUGCAUCAUGAUUGCCCCUAUUUUCCCUUCCUAGAGAGGUAGGCCAAUGGUGGGAAGAUUUUCUGUUUGGUCUUUUUUAUGUUUAUCUUGCUUGUCUGGAAAAGAGUUUAUGUUAAAUUUCAGUUUAGUUUCUGUGCUGAAAUUAGAAUAUUGUUGAUGAAUACUCUUGUAUCAUGUGAUUUACAGGAAACAUUUUAAGACGGAGCUGUUUGCGAAGUUGGAUGAACUAUUACUUUCCAAUAUCCUGUCAGUUAGAAAUGUAAGUGUGUCACCAGACUCUUGCCUAGACAUUUUGCAGUUCUUGAUACUAUAGGCUUCUUUGAUGUACAUUAGAAGAUGCCUUAUGCAAACUUUUGUUGUCUUUUCAACAAAUGGUUUAACCUGAUAGUUUAUAUUCGGUAAA